CCUGGGCCCCGCCUGCCGCCGCCGGCGCGAGGGGAGGGGGCUGCCCGGGAGAGGGCGGCGGCCGGCACCCGGGAGGCAGGUGGAACGGGCGGGUAGGGCAGGUUCCACGGUCCCCUUACGACUCGUCCCCUUCCCUUCCGCCCCUCGCAGGGCGGCGGCCGACGGCGCGAUGGACCUGGCUGGGCUCCUACUGGACGAGGAAGGCACCUUCUCCCUCACCGGCUUCCAGGACUUCACGGGAGAGCCUCGGGGUACGGAUGGGAGUGAGGGUGGCCACCUUUCUCCGAGGACCUCUCCCGCGGAGACCUCGGUGGAGAAGCUUCCUUUUUCUGUGAAUCAGGCAGCCAUUGGUAAACAACCCGGAGAACACGGGGCUGGGUGGGGCACAGGCCCCACUGGCAGCGAGUUCCUCCCGGGACACCAGAAGCUGAGUGCCCGCAUCCGAAGGAGACUCUACUAUGGCUGGGACUGGGAGGCCGACUGUAGCUUGGAGGAGCUCUCCAGCCCUGUGGCAGACAUCGCUGUGGAACUGCUCCAGAAGGCAGCUCCCAGCCCUAUUCGCCGGCUCCAGAAGAAAUAUGUUGCUCAUGUGUCUCGGGAAGCAUGCAUCUCCCCAUGUGCCAUGAUGCUAGCUCUGGUCUACAUUGAGAGGCUCCGGCACCGAAACCCGGACUACCUCCAGCACGUGUCAUCCUCUGACUUGUUUCUGAUCUCCAUGAUGGUGGCCAGUAAGUAUCUUUAUGAUGAAGGCGAGGAGGAGGAGGUCUUCAAUGACGAAUGGGGAGCAGCUGGGGGUGUGGCUGUGCCCACUCUCAAUGCUCUGGAGAGGGGCUUCUUGAGUGCCAUGGACUGGCACCUCUACACAGACCCUCGGGAGAUCUUUGAGGUGCUGAGCUGGCUGGAGAGCUGCGUGGCUGAGCAGCAGGGGCAGCGGCGGGGCUGGUACACCUACACAGAACUGUGUGUGCUGCUGGAGCAGCCAGCCUGGCAGCUGGCCUUGGGCUCUCUCUGCCAGAGCCUGGCAAAGCUGUCUUGCUUGUUAGCCAUGGCAUAUGUGAGCAGUGUGGCCCUAGCUGUGGCAUCGGUUGCUGUAGUAUACCAGUCCUUAGGGCUGUCAUGCAGCCCCCCACCUGGCCCCCCAGACCUUGGACUGGCCUCCAGGUGCCUCUUGGAGCCCUGCAUACCUUCUUCUAUGCCACAGUGCCUGCCAUCUUCUGCUAACUUCUCCAGCUGCCUGGAAGGGGACACAGGGCUGCGUUCAGUCUGGGGCAGUCUUCUGGCCUCAUUGACUCCCCUGCCAUUGCCUCCCCCGGACCCUCCUGCCCCACCCACCCUUCUCCAUAACUGUCCCCUUUGCCAGAAGCUCCAGAAAGACUCCCCAGCCUGCCGUGCCUGCCACCACUCCAACCACACGGUCCCCACUGGGCCUCCCAGCCCCUGGUACCAGGCCCGUGGCCUGGCUCCACCCUGGUCCUGGAGCCUGAUGCCCCCUCUGCUCCCCCAGCCCCAGAAAUACUCCCUUUUCAGCAUCAUGGAGCUAGCCCGCCUCAAGUCUUUCAUUUUCACAGGCUAGGUAGGGUUCUGAGAAAUGGAUUAAGAGGACUUGGGAGUCUAGAACCAGGGGGAAAAAGCUUGAUUUAGAUUCUCUUACCUCUCUGCAAGGUUGCCUGUCCUCCUGGGUGAUGGAGCUGAAGGGGCAGUAGGACAGAAGGACUGAUGGUCAUUCGCUCCCCCAGAUCUCAGUGGCUGGCUGCUUGGCUGGGGCAGUGAGUGCUAGGGAAGCUUCAGCUCGAUGAUCAGGGGUGUGUCACAGAUGAACAGAGGUGAAACUUUUGUCUCUCCACCUCCCCUGGGUUCUUCUAGACUUUUGUUUUUGAGUUCCCUAGGAUGGGAAGGUAAAGGGAAGUGGGACGAGGGAGGGAAGGAACCUUGACCUUGGUCUGUGUGAUGUCUCUGAGGCUGGAGAGCCAGGGGCUGAUGGGGCUAAGGUGGGAGCCGCUGAGGGAAGGCCGGGAGGGUGGGGAUGGGAAGCCCUCCCCACACCCCUGCCCUGGGUGUAUUCUGCUGAAUCCAGGGAUGGAGGAACCUUCAACUUUGAUCUUUGUCUUCCAACUUUCUCCCCCUAGUGCCCUGCUCCUAGGCAUUUCUUUCUUUUGGUUCCUCUUUUGAUGUUCUCUUCUCAGGCCUCUUUUCAGCCACUGCUUUGUAUCCGGGUUUUUCAUGCUUUUGUAGAAUUGAGGUUUCAAUAAAGAAUUUCAGUUGCA